AGAAAAAAUUAAGUGAGUUAGAGAAGAAACACGAUUUAUUAUUAGAUAAAUUAAAAAGUAUUGGGGUUCAUGAUGUUUCUGAAGACGCCGAUCGACAAAAAAUUGUGCAACUAGAAUUAAAUAAUAAGAAAAAUAAAUUUAUUAGUUAUCGUUUGUUGACCACCGGACAAGAAAAAAAAGCCGAUCCUAUCCAAAAUAAGAUUUCGUAUAGUAGCCCGUUAGGGAAAGUCCUAAUGAACAAAAAGAUUGGUGAAGUUGGAAAUUUUUCGGCUUUGGAGAGCGAAAAAACUAUUAUUAUUUUAGCCGCUGGGCAAGAUUAUGCUCUUUCUGGCUCGGAAGAACAACAACUGGGUUGUAGUUAUCUAAAAGAAAAUCGGGAUAAAAUACAAGGAAUCAUUGUUAACAAUACUACUUUUCAUAAUACUGGCUUUUUGGCUCAGAUUUGCCAAGAGUUAGGACAACAAAUUCCCAUUUAUACUAGUGUUCAUAACAAGUUAGUCUUACAUUACCUUUAUCCUCAGAUAAAAAACCGAAUAGUAGUUAUGAUGUCGGCUUCGCCACCUAUCUUGAUUGGUGAUUUUACUUGUUCUUUCUUUCCUCUCCCUAGUUAUUUGCUGGGCAAUUGUGUCGUUGCUUUCCACCAUUCGCAGUAUAGUUUUUAUCUGCUUGAAGAGGUUCUUUUAAAUAAUUUGCGGAUACUUAACGAAAGAUUUCUUUUGUUGGUGCGACAAAUAUUAGCCAAAAGUUCGUUAGGCCAGGUUAUAAGUCGCGAAGGAGAAAUUAUUUUAUUAGUCGUUAAUCAUAACAAUAUUGAGACUGAAAUAGAUUAUCAUUUGCAAGGUUUUCCCGUCGAACAAAAAUCCAACUUUCAUUUUUUACUAGGACUUCCGCCGGUAAUAGGUAAAGAAGAAAGUUUAGCUGAGUUAGUUGACUAUCUUCACGCCCAAAGCGAAGAGGUAACUAAUCUAAGUAAGAAAGAAUAUUUUAAUUUUCGGACUAGCUUUUAUAAAAAUGCUAAAUUCUUGCCCUAUUUAUCCGGUCCAUUUUUAACUUUACCUAAUCAUCACGCUUACCAGUUUUUCGACCAAAAAAUAACACCUUUAAAAGUAAAGAAAACUCUGACCACCUUAGAAGAAAUACUAAUUAAGCAACGGAAAAACUUACAGGAAGGAGAGGAAAAGUUAACUUUUGGGCUAAACCGAGAAGAUUCGACCAAAGUAAUUAAAGAAACAGUCAAAAGACGUUGUAACGAAUUGGUAAAAA